UGUCUCGGCUUCGUGCAACGGGGAUAAUGCGUCUGUGCCUUGCGUUGUUAUUUUAUUUUCCGUUACUUCCUUACCCUUUCUUUCCGCAACGUGAUUACAGGCGUUUUCCUACCUUUCGGGCCACGCCUGUGGAUCCGCCACGUACAGCUUGUGCAAGCAUGCCUGUCUUCUCAUUUGGGCUGCAGGAAUUGCAGAUCGAAUCCAAAAAAAUUACGAGAUUUACUUUUGUUGAGCCUCGUUAGGCAGUAGUAAUGGAUGCAAAGGUUGUCGUCGUCUCGUAGCGGAUAGCUAAAGUUUCCUCGUAAUAUACCUUGAGGCAAGUCCGAGAAGGGAAUGAGCCCCGCUACUCCAGUAUUUGAGUUUGAUGAACAACGUUGGAAUUCUGCGUCACCUGCCUGCCUACUUACCCUUCCCCGUGAAUUCCUGAUCUCUGCAAGGUGAGGAUUCUCUGCAUGUUGGAGCCUCCGGCAAAAAGGCGAUUUCGCCGCUUAUAACGAACAUGGGAUUUCCCGUUUCUGAGACACCCCUGAUUCCUAUCAUCUCUUUAUCUCUGACGGUCUUGCAACCGAAGUUUGUGGGAUCUGGUGGUGCGAAGUUUCUCACUUCCGGCAAAACCGUCCACGCCGAUAUCUCCAUGCGGCCUCUAAAUAUUUGUAUCUACUCAUUCUUCCUUCUGUUUCUUGUCCCUCCAUCUGUGGCCGUAACUUCAAAUUGUCCCGACCAUGCGUCGGCUCUCUUUGGUUCCUCUUCCACUCCUCUUAUAAGGCAGUGUUCUUUAGGGAAUGGGGAAUGGCGUGCAAUCCGAUUUUCUCGAAAACGUGGAGGCGGAGGCUAUGUUGUUUCGAGACCGAACGGGACUUUCUCUCCACAGUUUGAGGAUAUUGAUUGUUGCUCAUCGACGUGUUCUGCCGCUGUACAGCCUCCAGUCGAACUCCCAGUUUUCUCUGUGUCACCUUCGCUCCCGUCGCCUGAUUCGCCCACUACAGGGAACUCCACAUUUUCUCCUUCCUACGUCGGAAUCAAAGGAAAAAAACCAUGGAGCAGACGACGUCAACAUGAGCAUCAUUUCCACCUUUCCCAUUGUUUGCCACCUUCUCUUUUUCGGUUGCUUGCUGCCGUCGAAGCAUCACGCGGCGCCACCGCAUAUGCGUGGGGGAAUUAUUGGAAUAUGAUCUCUGUACCGAAGAGGCAUUCGAUGCCCGUAUGUCACCCGACUCGGAUGUUCGUCUCUUCGUGGAUUUCGCCUUGCGUAUACGUCCAUUCUGCGAGUGCUUCCUUGAGAUUCCCGCAGCCGCCUCCUUACUAUCGUUUUCCGUGUCCCGCGUCUUCGCGUUUGUUGUCUUCUUCACCGGUGGCGCACCCGCGUCCUCUGUCUCCGUUCCGGUCGCCUUCGUUGUCUUGCGUGUGUUGUUCCCCGUGUUCCCCGCCCCCAUCAUUUGUCAAUUCUUCGUCCUCGGCUGCGUUGUCAGUUUCCACCAAAUCCUCUGCUUCAUCGGCGGCCUCGUCCUCCUCUUCGGCGCCUUCUCCGCCUGCGUCCUCUUCGUUGGAGCUACUGAAACAGCUUCGAGCCUUGACGAACAGCAGUGUCUCCACAUGCAGAGAAGCGCUAACUGCGUCUUCUGGAGAUCUCCGUGCCGCUGUCGACUGGCUCCGACAGCGAGGCUCUGCAGCAGGGGCAGCAGCAGCUGCUGCUGCCAGCCUGAGUACCGACCAAGCGAGAGAGGGGAUUGUUGCUGUCGCUUCGUGGAGGGCCAAAGUGGUGGCGCGGGAGGCGGACUCUGCGAGUCCAACUGUGUCUCUCGUGGCAGACGACCCUGUUCGUGGGCAGGAGGCUUGCGUGAACAGGGAGACGUUAGGCAAUGGUGUGGAACCAGGGGAAGGGGGCCAGGCUGGAGCACGUGAGGACGGAUGUGCGAGGGAAUCCGCCGAGUGGGAGGGGAAAGUGAUGAUCAAGCUGAGCUGCAACACCGACUUCGUUGCUCGAAACGACCAGGUGACGUUUUUUGCGAGUCGCGUUGCCCUCAUUCUCGCAAAUCUUGUGCGUAGAAAUACAGUAGAAAACUAUCUGUCAACUCGAACUAAGGAGACAUCCACGACUGAAGCUGCUGUCUCCUCCGUUGAGCGCUGUGCCGUUCCGCUGUUGCCAGAAGCAGGCCCUGCUCUAGUCGAGCACCUGCUCAAUGCCUCCUGGUCUUUUGAGGUUGCUGGCAACUCAGGGGGUGACUUUCCUAACACAGACGCCGUCUGUAGUGAAAACACUAGAACAGAGGGAGCUGAAGGACGUAAGAGGGAACGUCUGGUUCGAGACGAGUUGCAUUUUCUGACUUCACUGGUUGGCGAGCGAAUUUUAAUCGACGAUGCUGCAACAGUGGCUGCCAGGAUCGGGGAAGGAGCUGUUGGUUCGUACCUACACGACAAGAUAGGCGACACUGUCGGGUCUAUCGGCGUUCUUGUGGCGCUGGACACAGCGGGAAAGACCGGCGAAAGGCGCCAGGAGGGAUCGGAACGACCGUUUCAAGAAGGCCCUCGGGACGGAAAUGAGUGCAAGCCGGGCAACAGGUGGAUGCAGGGAAGAGCUGAGCGGCUUACUGAUAUGGCGGAGAAGGUGGCUAUGCAGGCUGCGGCAGGGAAACCACUCGCUGUAGACGCAGCUUCUCUUGAUCCUGAUUUGUACGAACGUGAGGCUCGCGCUUGCCGCGCUCAGGCAGAGGGUAGCGGCAAGCCGCCGGAAGUUACCGAGAAGAUGGUGGCAGGCAGGUUGAAAAAGUGGUUCAAAGAAGUUCUCCUCUCUGAACAGACUUGGUUACUGGAUGACCGAGGCAAGUCUGUGAAGGACGUGCUGGCGGAGUUUGCAAAGCAAGAACGUUUCUCGGCGCCAGUGCGUAUCAAGAAGGCUAUUCGAUUUUUUUUCCAGAGGUAACAUCUAUGGACUUUUGUUUUCCGUUUGCUAGGCGUUCUUUUUAUACAUGAUGAAUGCCUGCCGUCAUUCGUGCCAUGUUCAUCGUCAGUCAGGUAAUCCAUCCUUUGCUCAAUGCUGGAUGCGUCCCAUCUCCUUUAGCAGUGAGGGCAUUUUGGUUACUUCGUCGAGUGAUACCCUCUCGCAGACUUCAGGUUUCGGUUGUUGAAAAAAGAGAAUCUGCAUAUUUCUGUGCCUCGACGAGACAAACUGCGUGAAGCCAAGGGCUUUUCAAGUGGGCGCUGUAUGGAGCUGCCCGCGGAGCCGACCCGUACGCGAUCGUAACAGUUCCGAAAUCACAUCAGUUUCCACAAGGCUACGAACACCGUGGGGCAACAUCACAUGUUGCUUGUCGGAAAGGACAUUACGGCACCACAUGAAAAUAACGGGCCGCCAGCUUUUUCGGAAAAGUAACGUGGAUGUAGGAGUGGGUAUCUUUGUCAAAAGCGUGCUACUUCUUAUGCUUUAGCGAUGCUGGUGGGAACAAGGGAGUCAGUGGACCGUUCAAGCUGGCAGUGCGAUCCGUCCAUCCUCAGCAGAUCCAAGAA